UCACGUAUGGCUUGUUGCCUUCGGCUUAACGCGAAUUAUAAAUCCAACCUGCCUGAUUUUCAGCGAGGCUGCUGCUCCACGCGCCUGCAGCUUCGGCGCCCUGAUGCAAAACUUAUUCCGGAUGAACGCUCUCUCGACCAAUCUUCCAACAAGCAUAUGCGCCGGAGCAGAGGCAGGCUCCGCGCUGGCAGAAGGAGCGGGCGUGAAGGGUAUCUUGUCUCCUCCUCCCAGCGUUUCGCAGCUGUGUGGGAAUCGCUCGCGAUCGGCCUUCCAGGCGGGCCUCAAACAGAGACUCACAGCUAGGGCUGGGGCGAGAGGACGGCCUCGAGGGAGAAUCGCGGACGGGGCGGGUCUCUCCACGCCACUGGACACAAAGCGCCGGCGCCGCCUCCACUUUGCGGGCGCUCAAAGCCCUUGAGAGGGAGGCGCCCGUGGGGCUCGCCCGGCCCUUCCUCUCCCUUUUUCUUUGCGAAUGACUCGGAUAUUUCCCAACCUGCCGGCAGCGGGUCCUGUCUACAGCGAGGGCCGGGGCUGCCUCAGAGCCUUCCCGCGAGCUCCAUGGAGAAGGCAGCUACGGCGCUGCAAAGCGCCGGGGACAACGCGGCGACGGCCAACAGCAGCGGCGGCGGCAGUAACAGUAGCAGCCGGAGUAGCAGCCGCCCCACGUCGGCGGGGUCCUCGCCUUCCUCCUCCACCAGUCGGGGGCUCUCAGGCCGGCAAGGAGGAGCGGCGGCCGCGGCGGUGGCUGCGAGGCCGGAUGGAGGAAGCAGCAGCAGCCCCAGUUCAGCGGCGGCCAGUCCGGGAGGGGGCUGCGGCGGCGGUGCCCCGGGGGGGCUGGCGGCCGGCAGGAGAACGGAGGCAGUUCUGGAGGGGGCCUUGAGCAAAUACACCAACCUCAUCCAAGGUUGGCAAAGCAGGUAUUUUAUAUUGGACUUUGAGACUGGAAUUCUGCAAUACUUUGUAAAUGAACAGAGUAAAAACCAGAAGCCUCGAGGAAUCUUGUCUUUAGCUGGGGCUGUAGUUGCUCUCAGUGAUGAAGCGCCAAACAUGUUGGUGGUAUAUUCGGCUAAUGGAGAAAUGUAUAAACUGAGAGCUGGUGAUACAAAGGAGAGACAGUACUGGGUGACUCAGCUUCGAUCUUGUGCCAAGUACCACACAGAAAAUAAUCUGAAGAGCACGCCGACCUCACGAGCGAAAGGCUUGUCUUUGCUGCCCCUUGGAGCAGCCAACUCCACCUCUCUCAUUUCUCAAAAAAACGUGAAUCAGAGUGGACCCCCAGUUGUCACCAUUACACAUCACAAAUCUCCUGUGGCAGCCCGAAAAGCCAAAGCCCAGUGUCCCCACCAGCUUCAUGGAGUGAGAGAAAUUAUGACCCAAGUGGAGGGACAACAGAAGAAUCUUGUGCAAGCCAUUGAAUCCCUUCCAGGUUCUGGUCCUCUUUCUGCCUUGGAUCAAGACUUGCUGCUUUUAAAAGCUACCUCUGCUGCUGCUCUCAGUUGCCUGGGAGAAUGCCUGCAUUUACUACAACAAAACAUAAACCAAGUGAGCCCACCCAGGAGCAGGACAUUACCUUCAGAAAAUAUCCUAGGAUGGCAUGGAUCAAAGUCAAAUUCCGCAGAGACACUGAAAAAUAGUGCCCUUAGUUCUUUAACAACAGCAGGUGCCAGUCUGUCAUGGUCAGUCAUGCCAUCUGUGAGACAAGAUGAAACUAUGCAUACAACUCGUGAAUUGAUUCUGGUUGAAGAUGAGGUGACAGACACCGAGGAGAAUGAAGAGGAUGAUUUAGGAGUCAUGGACGAUCAGCGUAGUAUAAUCCUUCAUCUUAUCUCACAGUUGAAACUUGGGAUGGAUCUAACCAGGGUAGUCCUUCCAGCCUUUAUUCUGGAGAAGAGGUCUCUGCUGGAGAUGUUUGCAAACUUCUUGUCCCAUCCAGAUCUGUUUUUAUCAAUUUCAUGUGGAACCACCCCUGAGGAAAGAAUCAUCUCCUUUGUGGAAUACUAUUUGACAGCCUUUCAUGAAGGCCGAAAAGGAGCUGUUGCCAAGAAGCCAUAUAAUCCAAUAAUUGGAGAAACAUUUCAUUGCUCUUGGGAUGUGCCUAAGGACAGAGUAAAACCAAUGAGAACAAACAAUGCCUCUUGUGGUCUCAAGGGACAAGCUUCAUCUGAAUGUUACAGGCUGAGAUUUGUAGCUGAACAAGUGUCCCAUCAUCCACCAGUGUCCAGUUUUUACUGUGAAUGCAAAGAGAAGAAAGUGUGUGUGAAUGUUCACGUAUGGACCAAAAGCAAAUUCAUGGGGAUGUCUGUAGGUGUUUCUAUGGUAGGUGAAGGCAUUCUUUAUCUUGUGGAGCAUGACGAAGAAUAUAUAUUUACGUUACCUUGUGCCUACGCACGUUCUAUACUUACCGUUCCUUGGGUGGAGCUCGGAGGCAAAGUCAAUAUUCAGUGUGCCAAGAGUGGUUACUCUGCUACUGUCACAUUCCACACCAAGCCAUUCUAUGGAGGAAAAGUGCACAGGGUUACAGCAGAAGUGAAGCAUAAUCCAACCAAUACCAUUGUAUGUAAAGCACAAGGGGAGUGGAAUGGCAUUCUGGAAUUCACAUAUAGCAGUGGAGAAACCAAAGUAAUCGACACCACCAAACUACCCAUAAUCCAGAAGAAGAUCAGACCAAUACCAAAACAAGGGCCAUUUGAAUCAAGACAUUUAUGGCAACAUGUCACUGCUGCCCUGAAGGAAGGCAACAUUGUUGUGGCAACAGAACACAAGCACUUCCUUGAGGAGAGGCAGCGAACAGAGGAGGGGCAGCGAGCAGCAAGCAACACACAUUGGAAACCAAAAUAUUUUAUCAAAGAGGGUGAUGGGUGGAUGUACUUUGAUCCCCUCUGGAAGAGUCAUUGCUAAAUUCACCUGGAUUCAGACGCCCAUUUUCUAAAGGCAUUAAAAAGAUGCACUAUUUAAUCUUCAGGUGUGAUUAAGCUUGCUGUAAAUUAAAGCUGCAUUCUGUGAAUAAUGCAGCUCAAAACUAAAAGCUCAAGUUUAUUGAAGAGCCAUUCUAUAUGCAAAUAUUACAAGUGGAUAUGCUUCCUGCGUGUUGAUACAUAGCAAAAGUGUGUCCUUAUAUGUGUAUGUUAUAUAUAAUACACAUAUCACACAGACAAUGAUUAAAUGUCUGAUCUUUUGCACUGAAAUCAAUGUGUACCAUAUUGCUUGCAGGAUCAGGCUUCACAUUAACACUUUCUAGUUUUGAUGCAUUUUUCUAUUUUUCACACUGCCAAAAAGUUUUGCACUUAAAGCUACUUGAUAUGGACAGCAGUUACAGAGCCUGACCUAAAGAACAUACUUUGACAAAAGAAUGUUUUUUUUAAAAAAAAAUUGGAUGGUGUAAAAAGCAUGUUUUUGUCUGUGUGGGUCACUCUGAAGUCUUUGUUUCCUGGCAUCAUGUAGGAAAACAGAAAUAUCUAAGCAGCCUUGACCGAUCCUUCUGACUAUGUGCUUUGUGUACCUAACAGAUAUUUUUGUUUCUUUUUGGGAAUGUAGCUGAUUGGUAACUUAAUGAUCAGUAGAUGAACCAGAGAUUUUUGAAAGACGAUUAAUUUUUCAAACUCAGUAAUAGUUGCUUGGCUUUUCUAUCCAGUUUUGUUGACUACAUCGAUUGGUUUGACAGCAGCCUAUAAAUGCAGAACUUAUUUCUAGGAUCAAAGAAAUAUUUUGUACAAAAAAAACAAACCCCCACAAGUGUAGUUGUUGGGAUGAAAUGUUUUGGCACAAGUCAGAAAAUGUGGGGGAAAGACUUCUCCCACAUCACCUGUUGCUGUAAAAAUAGACAACCAAAGGUAGAGUCUGACUUGUUCUAUCUGCUAUGAAGUAACUCCUUGCAAUAAAGCCCUAACUACAUGCCUAAAUAAUGCUUAUCAGCUGUUGGGAGAAAAGAAUAGGAAAGAAAUUUAAUCUUGAGUUCCCACAAAAUGGCUUGUGCUAUUUAGAAUGCCUAAUCUGUUGUUCCAGCCAGGUGACUUGCUUAUUCAGCUUUCCCAUCCAACUAGAAUGGCCUAUGAGAAAGCCUAGCUUCCUCAAGACAAGGGAGAUACAACCUGUCCCUAGGCUCAGAAUGGUCCAACUGAUGGUUAAUCAUUUAUAGAGAAGUCCAGGAUAUAUGAAGAAUCCUUAUGGAAGAUCACAAAAUCCCAUUCAUAGUAGAGUAAGAGAAUCAGUUUUUAUAAAGUGAAGAUAACUGUAUAUCUUGUCCCCCAGUUAUAGCUGUAUUAUUGUUCAUACCUCUUAAUGGCAACAUAGAUUCAAUUUAAAUUAAAACUAUCAGCGUAGAAAGUUCUCUGUUUAAUCUAAAAAACCGUAUUUACAGUUCUUUUUCUGUACAUAAGUUUUGAAUGCUGACCUUGAUUUUUUUUAUGCCUUGUCUGUUUGAAUUUUUAUCUUAAAUGAAAGGUUUACUAGCUUUUAAAAUAUUUUUUCAAUGAAAAUCUUAAGGUGGCAGUCGAAACUAUACAUAUGUAUCUAUAUAAAACAAUGUAUUAUAUGAGUAACAUUACUCAUGCUUUAAUUCUUUCUGUUUAUAAAUACCAACAAUUACCUAAAGAUGUAGUGACCAAGUCCUCCUUUUGGUCUUACUUAUUGUAUACUUGUCUUAGCAUAGGAAUUCCAUUCAAUUUAUAAAAACAAAAUUUAUUUAACCAUGUUUAAAACCUAUUUUAAAGGAAAUAAAGCUAUAUCCUUGAGAUAAUGGUAUACAGAUCUGUUUCUAAAAGGAAAACUCCUUUGGUAUCAAAUCUUACAUAUGAGUCAUCUUUGAUAGCAGCAGAAACCUAAUUUGCACUACUUGUAUAACAGUAUAUAGGAGGCUGAAAUUAGUCUGGUAAGCAACUAGCACAUUAACAAAUGCUCUCAUAGACUUCUGAAAUUGCAGGUGCAUGUUAUGUUUUCUACUCAUGCUACAAAGAACUGAUUUCAUGUUUGGAUUACAUUAUCAGAUCUGUGUUGAUACAACCCUCUUGAGUCCCAGACUUUGCCAAUUUGAUAUAGGCAUCCAUGUUUCAGGAUUUAACUUCAUGGAUAGAUGUCUGAUGUUUCUUUUAUACAUGGGCAUUUCACACUGCAUGAUAGUCAUGUUCUAAUAAGCAUCUUGUGCUCGUAAUGGAAUUGGCAGCUCAACACCUGCUGAAACUUAAAAUUUCCUGAAAUUGUCAGAUCUGCUAUGCACAGACUUAAAUCUGGAAAAUACUCAUCAUCAAGAGGUUCCAAAGAGAAGCCAAGAUACCUUUCUUCCUCCUUCCCAGUGUAAACGUUGCUCCUUGAAUUUCACAACUGAAUCAGUAAUGCCUUAUUUGUAGGUCAUUUCAUAUUUGUUUUGCACUUCAGAUUGAAUGUUUCUUUUCAAUUAGAUGCUGUAUACACUCUGAAUUGUAAAUCUUGAUGUACUUCCAGUUUUGUCACAGCUAUAAGACCUAUGCAAAUUUUUCUUAAAUAGAAUUAUUCAUGAACAAAAAUUUAUAUUUGUUAAGAUCCAAUUCUUUGGCAGUCAUUUCCAAUUAGCUUUGCUUUCAUAACUUGGGAAUUAAAAUCACAAUCUAAAGACACUUAAAUUUUAUUUGAAUUUAU